CAGAUCCAACCUCUGCCAGCUUUGUAUACUGUUUGGAAUAAUAAUUUCUUCCUGCUGCUGUGCAUGUGUAAUUUUUUAUGCCUCUUAUCAUGACUCUCGCUUCAAUAAAGCAUUCGCCCCCUCCAAGCAUUUCGUCUCAGACGGCUAAUCACAGUCGCUGGCGUCGGGGACUUGCAAUGUUCACAAAAUGGUCCCAAAACUCACGCAACAAAAAGCGCUGGGAUAAUUCACCUACUGCCCUUGCUGCAGCCACCGAGAAAGUGUGUCAUAGACAUGCUAGUUCGACGAUCAAAUGCGAAGAUCUGACCGCAAAAGAAUUUGCCCAGCUGACGGGUAUCAAGAUUCGAACGACCGACGACACCAGCAGCAAUGCUAGCUAUAUCAACAUCAACGACGACGAAACAGAGAACGAGGAUGAAGAAGAGGCUUAUUAUGCCACCGCGCCCCUCACUACCGACCUUCCUAUCAACGCCUACCAGUUCUCUGUCCAGUCAGCCCGAUCAGCCCAAUCAUCCGAGUCGCGCGCAAAACAAAGUCUGUUGCGGAUCUGGGAUUCAGACUACUGGCACCACCAGUCUCACGCCAUCACUUUCCAUCCAGCAGCCACCAACUCACGCAUUCAUCCGACCAAGAGCAAAUCUGUGCCUGUCCAGCCGAUCCCAAUCCACUCCUCGGCCUGUUCUGAUCACACCGCACUUUCAUCAGUCGGCUCGACUUUCUCAGCCCACUCCAGCUCCGGUUCGACCGAAGCCACCAGCUACACAUCCCACGACACUCCCUUCCUUUCCCACAUCCGCCGCCAAUCCACAUUUGCACUCGAUCCCACAGCCAAGCCUCAACAACGAGCAACAAACGUCAUCAAAAAAGGCCGCUUCCAGAUCGUCCUUGGACACGACCAUGACGGCACAGACGAGCAGGUCAUCGCUCUUCCCGAACAGGUCGUCGAGUGGAAAAGAAAACGAAUCGAUGGAUAACUGACGUACCGUAAUCGAUCCAUGACUUUUAAAUCUGCCCUCUUCCCCUUUAUCACUCCAAAACAAGCC